AUGGAUCUACGCAAAAACCUGACGUCUGCGGAUCCUAUGAUGGACCAACUUCGAGACCUCAACGAUAGCUCCUCACAGACGUCGAAGGGUCCGAAAUUGCUUCUAGAAGACCCAUUGGGACAGCCCUCAAGUCUGUCGCACCAAACUUCCUCAACGACCACUUCCUCCUUAAGAAGCCCUCCCGUUUUCCAUCAUUUUUCGUCAGAAGCAACUGAAUACAUGCGUUUAACACCGGUCAACAUCAAAAAUCUAACAUCGCCAUUACGAGGCCCAGAGCAGCGACCGGCACUUAUUUCCAGAGAGGAAAGCUCCACAUACACCGCAUACAAAGAAAAUUUUAACCUCAUCAGCAGAAAGCUCGAAAAACUGCUGGAGGAGCUCGACGUCAUCUACCGCGAAAUUGGAUACUCCAACACUGAAAUUUCAGAAAAAGACCAGCUCAUUUUCAACCAUAUAUCCGACUCCAUCACCGGGUUUUUCGAACAAGCUAAUGAAGAACGUGAAAAAAUCACUGCGGACAAUACCCUUUCCAGGCAGGUCCUGCAGCGCAUACUCCAAGUUUUACACGACCCAAAGGGCACCACUACCAUUCCUGAUCUUUACACUCGUAAUGUCAUUGCUGUCUCUUCUGGAUCAAAUCCUAAUUCGCCAAAAAAGCCAACAUCUCUGAUAACGAGGCGGAGAAUAAUCUCAAAAGCCAAGAACUACGUUAUCAAAACUUACACACCCAAGCUCAACAUUUUUUUGGAACGCGUUAUUAGACUGAAAACUCUGGCAGCUGCCACUGGGGAUUAUACUCCAGUGGAACAGGGCCUGGACACUCAAGAACUUUUAGCGGUGGUCCCACCGCUCGAUACCUGUCGAUACUACAGGUCUUGUUUAUCUUCCAUCAACCAUGACGUUGAGAAAACGUGCUCUUUCAUCAUAGAACAUCGAAAGGUGCUGCUCAACACCAUAAAUUUUAACGACGUUUCUGACAAUAUAGUCGAGCGCAUAAGCAUGAUCAUCUCUAUGUUUGAGAAGGAGUUCCAAUCUAGACUGCAAAAGGCCUUGGUCAUGAAAAGAGAGGUUUUGGAUUUGUUGCAGCGAUUAAACCUUAGUCCGGAACAGAAUCUCGACGAACCAACCAGAGAAGUGUUCAAGCAACUUCCUAACGAGACCAUCAAGAAUAGUAAAGAAAAAGAGUAUCUGGAAACAAAACAAUUAGCUGUCUCCACUUCUACCUUGGAGAGACUGGAAACGAUUUUACGUGAUUACAAAGCUUUGGAAACAAAACGCCGCCAAGAGAAAGAUAAUCUCAUUCAAAAGUGUACGCAAUUGUGGGAGAAACUUAAAGUUCCUCAGGCGUAUAUCGCAAAAUUCGAAGGCUGCAACAAGGACCUGUCAAACACUUCGGUGAAAAACUAUGCUCAUGAAUACAAACGACUUCAGGACAUGAAGAAGAAGCUUAUUAAAAAUCUCAUACAGGAUUCAUGGACAAAGAUCCAAGAGUUGUGGUCAGCAAUGCAUUUCUCACUGCGUGAAACUGCUGCUUUUCAAGACAUGUUCAAUACUAUGAUAGAUGCCUCAACUACUCUCGAUGACGAUGAAAAGGUUCUGGAAACCUGCGAAGCUGAAAUCGCUGCUUUAGAAAACAAGCUUGCCGCAUACAAGCCGCUUCUGAAACUAAUCGACGAGUUUCGCUCUUUACAAAACGAUAAAUGGAACUUGGAAAGAAGUAGCAGAGACUCUUCCAGGCUUCUGCUUAGAAAUUCGCACAGGAUUUUACUAGAGGAGGAAAAAACGAGGAAGCGCAUAACAAGACAUUUCCCUAACGUCAUUCAAGAGCUCAUACAGAAAUUAGAAAGUUUCGAAGAAGACUCUGGAAGGCCGUUCAUUGUGGAAGGUUCGAGAUUUCUAGAAAUUGUGUUGCAGCAAGAAGAAGAAAUUAUCAGCAAGUAUCCUAGAAGCAGAAUCGGUUCAAAUUACAAAAACUCGGGAUCAUCGGCCUCAGUCACUUCCAGAAUCGCGCCCGCUUCUCGUUCGCCUCGCAAGGAUCAAACGCGGCCCAAAGUGCAAGCCAAAAGUCACAGAAGCACUACACACAGGACACCUAUGAGAAGCUAUGCUUCAAUAGGCACCAAGCCUGUUGAGCAUGAACAAAGCGGUUCAAAGGCCUCGUACAAUCGUCGCGUCAGGGCAGCACGCAUGUCAAGUCCCAUUAGAAAGGCUGAUAAUGAGCUCUCCGUUCAUAAAGCCACCAAAGAUAGCCCCACCAAGAUUCCAACACUGACAAGAAGUUCAACUUUUCCAAACGAAAGCAAUUUUUUUGGCACUAGCUUGAAAACCCGGACCAGAAUGGCGGCCCCAGAAGGACUGAAGUUGAUGUCUCCAAAUAGGCUGAACUCGGUCAACAAAAUAUCAAAGGCAGAGAUCACGAGCCAAACUCCCACUGUUGUUAGAGAGCCCUCGUCUUUAUCAUGGUUGGGAAAAUCUGAGAGUCCAGAAAAGGAGAAUAUCGCUCCAUUUUCUUCAAAAACACCUUUGCGACUAUCGAGCAAAAUGCUUCCUCGACUGGAAUCCCCUGACAAAACGGUUGACAACUCGGUGUAUACCAUAACAAGAUCGCCGGAGGGCAAAUUUCUUCUAAAUGUCGAAGAAGAUGCUACUAUAGAAAAUGCAGAAGGCGAGGAUACUAGCAUACUAGCAGACGACGAUAACUUCAACAUAUGGAAGCGAGAGCGAUUGGCAAGGCUGAACAGCAAUGAAGGCAAUAAUAAUCUUGAUUUCCCAUCAAGCGUGAAUUGGGAAACAGAUGUGUUUUAA